AUGUCUCAAUUCAACUACCUCACUUUCCCUGAUGAGACAUCAGUACGAGAACCUUUUAUUCCAUCUAACAUGACUCCAUUCGGAACAGCCCCACUAACUUGGCAUUUCGGUUCACUCCAGAGCGGGGCUGUUCCGAACGUCGAAACGUUCAGUCACCAGAAUUACGUGGCGGCUUUUAUGACGCGGCAAGCUCAUGCGCCCUACAAACAUACGCCUUAUGAGAGCCUCGUUGUCCGAGCCUCCGAGCCGCUGACUUCUGAUCUAUGUCUUGGCGACAUUGGCAACACUACGGCAACUCGCCCUGGAUCCAAUCACGGUCGUCGGGGCUUUGAUAACAGCCUCGCUGGCAUGCCUGUUGGAGUUUCGUAUUCGCGGAAAGACAUGGUAGCUAGGGUUCCGGCAGACUCCUAUCAAGUCGAUGAUAUCUCAACGCGUGAUCGUCGAAGCUGUCAGCUUCGGACUGGUUUCGAUGUCAUGGCAAAGCUUUCUAUCAUCAAGACAAUCAUCAGUCAAGGCCCAAUUCCAUCAGUGACGGCAUGUUUUGAGUAUCACAAUGAUUUGAGACUUCAUGAUCAUCUUUUACAGCUUGAUAUAACUCACUUAGGAUACAGGCGCAUCAUCGGAGCAAGAAAUAAAGUGUUUACGAAAGGCAUGCAUGAGAGCAACGAUGCUUUGAGCAGGGCUUACAGCCCAGCGAACUCCUCCCCCUACCUUAUGUUGCAAGCAUGCCAUCCAUCAUCUACCACUCAUGGGGGAUUCAAGGCCUAG